AUGUCCUCUGACAUCCUCACGCAGCUACAAACUUGCUACGACCAACUCCUCACACAGUUCUUUUCCACAAUCUCCUACCUCUCUCAGCGCCACCCUCUCGUCGCGCCUGACCCUGACCCAAAUGACCCAUUCACAAACCCACCCACUGCCGCCGCCGCGGCAUCUCAAACACCCAACCCCGCCGACACAUCCCAAAUCCAGUCCACGUCCGGCAUGAACCCCGGUCCAGAGGAUACAGAGCGAGCACCCUACCCACUCCGUCCCGUAUCACAGCAGACCUUUGAAAAUGCCCAGCAAGAGUUGGCAGAGGACCUUGUGCUCAAGGGCCAGCAGAUUGAGUUGUUGAUUUCCCGAUUACCGGGGAUUGGGAGGGGCGAAGAACAGCAGGCGGAGGAGAUCAAGGCGUUGGUGGAGAAAGUGAGAGAGAUGGAGACACGGAGGAAGGAGAAGCGGAAGGAGAUGCGAGGGUAUGUCAAGAGGUUGGAGAAUGUGGUGAUGGGUAUGGCUGAGAGUGUAAAUUAUGGGCGUACGAAUGGACAUGGAUGA